CACCGCGGCUGAGAAGCUCAGUCCGAGCCGGCGAGAAGCGCAGGGAGCAGGACGGCCGGGACACGCGGCCCCGGUUUCCUCCGGGCAUCCGGACGCCGGAUCACGGCAAAAUGAAGGACCGGCUUGCAGAGCUUCUAGAGUUGUCCAGGAGCUAUGACCAGCAAUUCCCAGACGGGGACGAUGACUUUGACGCUCCCCACGAGGACAUCGUGUUCGAGACCGACCACAUCCUGGAGUCCUUGUACCGGGUCAUCCAGGACAUCCAGGAUGAAAACCAACUGCUGAUGGUGGAUGUGAAGCGCCUGGGGAGGCAGAACGUCCGCUUCCUCACGUCCAUGCGGCGCCUCAGCAGCAUCAAGCGCGACACCAACUCCAUCGCCAAGGCCAUCAAGACCCGGGGCGAGGGCAUCCACCAGAAGCUUCGCUCCAUGAAGGAGCUGAGCGAGCAGGCAGAGGCUCGGCAUGGCUCGCAAUCGGCGGUGGCACGCAUCUCGCAAGCGCAAUACAGCGCGCUGGCCCGCGCCUUCCAGCAGGCCAUGUACGAGUACAACCAAGCCGAGAUGAAACAGCGCGACAACUGCAAGAUUCGCAUCCAGCGGCAGCUGGAGAUCAUGGGCAAGGACGUGUCGGGCGAGCAGAUCGAGGACAUGUUUGAACAGGGCAAGUGGGACGUGUUCUCAGAGAACCUGCUGGCCGAUGUGAAGGGCGCGCGGGCUGCGCUCAACGAGAUCGAGAGCCGCCACCGCGAGCUGCUGCGGCUGGAGGGUCGCAUCCGCGACGUGCACGAGCUCUUCCUGCAGAUGGCUGUGCUGGUGGAGAAGCAGGCGGACACGCUGAACGUCAUCGAGCUCAACGUGCAGAAGACCCUCGACUACACCGGCGAGGCCAAGGCGCAGGUGCGCAAGGCGGUGCAGUACAAGAAGAAGAACCCCUGCAGGACCAUCUGCUGCUUCUGCUGCCCCUGCGUCAACUAGCAGCUGGCUUGGACCUUCACCACUUGUGCCCUGAGGGAAACAUGUUCCGGAUGCCAGCCAAAGGCAUCCUGCACUGGGCCAAGGGAGAGGGUCCCGAUUCCUGCAGAAUUGAGAGAAUAAAGAAAGGACGGUGGAGUCAGGAGGCAAGAUUUGGGAUCUGGCACUUGCCUAGAAAGAUGGUUGUUAGCAUCCUACGGUUCGUUAUCCUAUGGUUCAUUAAUGCAGGCAGAUUACCAAUGGAGUUGUGUGGCGUCAUUAUAAGAUACCUAGCACUCAGCAUCACAGGGAGGCGCUAAUGCCAUUGCUAAGGUCAAUGUCAUGAAGACUAAAAGAGGAAGUCCAAUUACAUAUACAAAUAGUAUGAGUACAUUAUCAAAAUUUGUCUUCGUUUAUCUUCUCUGGAAAGUUCCUUGGUGCUAUUCGAUUUUGAGUGACAUUCACUUGAGUAUUUCUUAGUUCAAUUUCGAGUAGCAUUGGCCUGGGGUAAACUGGAUGUCAUUCACUUCUGGUUAUUUAUUUAUUUUGCGUGAGCCUUGCCUAUGUGGAAACCUUCCCUCGGUUCUCUUCUGCCACUUAUUAAACCACACCGAACAUACACGGUUUCCUUCUCUCUCUCACCUUCUGUACCUUCCACCAGAAUAUAUAUGCGCAUGAACGCACGUACAUAUAUAUGUAUAUAUUCAUAUAUAUGAAUAAUUUUUGAAAUAUUUUAAGCACCAAAUAUUGAACAAUCACUCAAAUAGAACUUUUUUAGCACUCACGUUUUAUAUUUUUCACAGAUAACAUUUAUUUAAAAUUUAUCUUUGUACUGAAUUCCAUAUGAAUAUGUGUGUAUAUGUAAACUAAUAUCCACUCAUUUGUGUACAUAAUGGCCAAUUGGAUUAACUUUGCUUUGGGAAAUUCUGUAUUUAAAGAAUAAGAACAUUGUUUGGUCAGUGCCAAUGUUGCUUUGAUUGUCGUGAGUGUAUUUCAUCCCUGACUGCAUGGCUCACCGUGCGUCAGACUUUAUUUUGAACAACUGUGUGCUGUCAUUCGUGCAGAUAAGUGGGAAAAACACGUGACACAAUCAGAGGUACUAAAAUGACGUUCUUGGAAAUAAUAAUUCAUCUUACUAUGAACCUUUCCUUGCAUGUGUUAAAGCAGAGAGACUUAAAGUGAAAUCUUUUUUUCAAAUAGGCGUAAUCCACAUGACACUAUAACUAUCUUUUUUCUAUAUUUACAUCAUGACCCAUUGAAAAUAACUGUUAUUUUUUUCAACUAUUUUUUAAAUUAUGGUUAAACUUCCCCCCAAACCCAACUCCCCACCCCACCGCCGCUAACUACAAUGUAUGCAUGGAACUCUCAACUAACGCAUUUCCGUCAGGGCGCUCGAGUUACAGUAGUUUUACAGUCAACCAGGCGGUAAAACUUUUUCAGGUUUUAGAGAUUUGCUUUCACUUCAAAACCUGGAGGUGAUGUUCCAGACCAUGAUCACACAUCCCGGAUGUCUUCUGAACCGACUCUGAGUCCCUCUUACACGUUCUUAAAUACAGGAGUGAUUUUAGUUGGGAGUUGU